AGGAAGCCCACGCCGAUGUGCCAGCACCCGCCCCGCAGCGGCCGGGCCCGUGCCCCGGCGGGGGGGAGCGGGGCCCGCACCGGGUGGAGAGGCCGCGGCAGCGCCGGACCGACGCUCCUCCAGGCCGACAGGGGGCAGCACGGCGGGCGCCGGGGACAGGCCGGCCGGCGGCGCCCCGCCUCGCCGGGCAGGUUAGGAGCUGCGGCUGCGCAGUGGGCACGGCCUUUUCCCCCCUGCUGCGGAGUGCAGUCGUUGUGCGGAGCGGGCCCCGGCCUAGGCCUAGACCGGACAGUACCUGGCACGAUGGGGUUUGUGAAAGUUGUCAAGAAUAAGGCAUACUUCAAGAGAUACCAAGUGAAAUUCAGGAGAAGGAGAGAGGGAAAAACUGAUUACUAUGCCCGCAAACGUUUGGUAAUUCAAGAUAAAAACAAGUACAACACUCCUAAGUAUAGGAUGAUUGUGCGUGUUACCAACAGAGACAUCAUUUGCCAGAUUGCCUAUGCCAGAAUUGAAGGUGACAUGAUUGUCUGUGCUGCGUAUGCCCACGAGCUGCCAAAAUACGGCGUGAAGGUUGGCCUGACCAAUUACGCAGCAGCAUACUGUACAGGUCUGCUGUUGGCACGCAGGCUUCUGAAUAAAUUUGGUCUUGAUAAGAUCUAUGAAGGCCAAGUUGAAGUGACUGGUGAUGAAUACAAUGUGGAAAGUGUGGAUGGAAAGCCUGGUGCUUUCACAUGCUACCUGGAUGCAGGUCUUGCCAGAACUACCACUGGAAACAAAGUCUUUGGUGCUCUGAAGGGUGCAGUGGAUGGUGGUCUGUCAAUCCCUCAUAGCACCAAACGUUUCCCUGGUUAUGACUCGGAAAGCAAAGAAUUCAAUGCAGAGGUUCACCGCAAGCACAUCAUGGGCCAAAAUGUUGCAGAUUAUAUGCGUUACCUGAUGGAGGAGGAUGAAGAUGCUUAUAAAAAACAGUUCUCCCAAUACAUAAAGAACAACGUAACACCUGAUGGGAUGGAAGAAAUGUAUAAAAAAGCCCAUGCUGCUAUACGGGAUAAUCCAGUCCAUGAAAAGAAACCGAAGAGAGAAGUCAAGAAAAAGAGAUGGAACUGUCCCAAGAUGUCCCUUGCCCAGAAGAAAGAUCGUGUUGCUCAGAAGAAGGCUAGCUUUCUCAGGGCCCAGGAGCGCACAGCUGAUAGUUAAGACAACUUCCACAAUUUUCUAUGAAGCUUUGGAAAAAGUGGCAAUAAAUUUAUUGAGUAAGCAA